AUGCUACAAUGUAGUACAUGUGAGGUGAUUGUUGAACUAUCUGUAGUGACUGAUGGUUCAAACUAUACGGCAAGACAAGAUAGUGCUGGUGUGGUUGUUAAGAGUGACUAUAGUGUACACCCUAAAAUUGCUAAGUUGUUGAUGAGAUAUAAGACUGUCUUCCAAGAGACAACUAAACUACCACCUAAGAGAAAUUGUGAUCUUGUGAUUAACUUAGUAGCUGGAGCUCACCUUCUAGUCUUAGGCCAUAUAGUGCCAAGCCAAUCAUCUUUUGCCUCUCCAGCAUUAUUAGUAAAAAAGAAAAACUCAACUUGGAGAUUAUGUGCUAAUUAUAGAAGGUUGAACAGCUUGCCAGUUAAGAACAAAUAUCCAAUUCCUAUGGUUGAAUUCUUGGAUGAGCUAUUUAGUGCAAUUGCAUUUUCUAAGGUGGAUAUUAGAGCUGGCUACCAUCAAGUGAGGAUGCAAACAGGAAAAGAGUUUAAAACUGCCUUUUGA